AUGGGUCCUCCAGACUCUCCAUAUGCUGGAGGUGUGUUUUUCCUUUCGAUUCACUUCCCUACCGACUACCCAUUCAAGCCACCAAAGAUCAACUUCACCACAAAGAUCUACCAUCCUAACAUCAACGGUACUGGUUCCAUCUGUCUAGAUAUCUUGAAGGACCAGUGGUCUCCAGCUCUCACUAUUUCCAAGGUGCUUUUGUCCAUCUGCUCCUUGUUGACUGAUGCUAACCCUGACGACCCCUUGGUCCCUGAAAUCGCUCACGUUUACAAGUCUGACAGACCUAAGUACGAGGCCACUGCUAGAGAGUGGACCAAGAAGUACGCUGUCUAG